UAUUCCCUUCUUUUCUAUGGAAUCGAUUAGAUCUCCCUAUUGGUGCUACAGUUGCAACCGCUUCAUCCGGAUCCGGCUCCGAUCUCCCCAAGAUUCGCUCAACUGCCCCGACUGUGGUGGAGGAUUCAUAGAAGAAAUCGAAACGCCCUCUCGAUCUCCUAUCCACCAUCGUUUCCCUGCCGCCGCCAUGUAUUCCGACACGUCAAGCCCCAGCGCCACUCCUCAAUUCCGCCGCACUCGUCGGAACGCUGGCGAUCGCUCCCCUUUCAACCCUGUUGUUGUCCUACGUGGACCAACCUCCGAAGCUGAUGGCAUAGUUACCGAGAGAGGUAAUAGAAAUUUCGAGCUUUAUUACGAUGAUGGGUCCGGGUCGGGUCUUCGUCCCUUGCCUGCUAGUAUGUCGGAGUUUUUAAUGGGGUCGGGUUUUGAUCGGAUUCUUGAUCAGUUAUCUCAAUUAGAAGCCAACGGAGUUGGCCGUCUCGAUCAUCCGCCUGCCUCCAAAGCGGCAAUUGAAUCAAUGCCGGUGAUAAAAAUCGUAGGAAGCCACGUGAGAUCGGAAUCUCAUUGUGCAGUUUGUAAAGAGCCAUUCGAGCUCCACUCCGAAGCCCGGGAGAUGCCUUGUAAGCAUAUGUACCAUUCAGAUUGUAUUUUACCUUGGCUUUCUAUUCGGAACUCUUGCCCUGUUUGCCGCCAUGAAUUGCCAACAGAAAAUAACGGAAAUAACUUAGUGGAAAACGAUGCUGUUAGAGAUGAAGAAGCUGUGGGAUUAACCAUAUGGAGGCUACCGGGAGGUGGGUUUGCUGUGGGGAGGUUUACUGGAGGGACUAGAGCAGCGGAGAGGGAGUUUCCCGUAGUGUUUACUGAGAUGGAUGGUGGGUUCAAUAAUGCGGGUGCUCCUAGAAGGAUUUCAUGGGCGCCUAGUGGGAGAAGGUCACAUGAGAGUAGAGGAUUAGGACGUGUUUUCCGGAAUUUUGUUUCUUUUUUUGGAAGAUUUAGGAGUUCAUCACGUUCGGGCUCAGAUUCUGGAUUUACAAGGAGAAGUAGAUCAAGUUCAGUGUUCGGGAGGUCGUCGAGAAGGGAUAGCGAAUGGGAUUUUGAGGAUUGAACGGUGGUUGAAUGUAUCAUCUGUUCAAUGUUAUGUUAACCUUUCUUUCCCAUUUAAUCCGAUACUAUAGUAUUGCAGUUUUCCUCAUGGAAGGGGAUGUUUGUAGAUUGUAUGAUUUUACUCUGAUGUAAAUAACAACACUUUUGGUGAAGGAAUGAAGCAUUAGUCUCAAAAGAGAAAGAAGCUUUGAUGAGUUGUGUGCACGAAUGAGGCAGAUGAAGGAGAAAGUUUUGUGGCUAGUAGGGUUGUUUAGUGGCUGCUGGGUUACUAACCUCGAAUAUAAAUCGAUCUUAGGCCUAAAAAAGUUCAAUUAGUAAGUUUUGUCACCAUAAUUUAUGCUUUUCUUUCUUACUUGUAUUUAUUAUCAGAAAUUUGUUGUUUAUUUGCAGUUCUUAAUUCAAUUGAGUCGUAUAUGUUA